CUCACAAUGGCCAAGAUCGCCAAGAUCGCCAAGCUGCAUUGUCGUACAUAGCCCUUGCGCAUCAUGUCUGGACCCUCGGGAGUAGGCAUUGAGUGCCACGACCUCCAGUCAAACCCCCGCUUCCUCUUCCGCCAGCCGCGGGCGCUGCAGUGGUUCGAGAACGAUAGACUGGUCAAGCGCUCGGAAGAUGAACGACAAGCAGGCCGGUUCGAGCUGUUCCUCGACUUGCUGUACGUUGCGAUCCUAUCGAACUUUGCGGAUACCCUUGUGGAAGAUAUCUCCGGCGCGAAGCUUGUGAAGUACAUUCUAAUUUUAUCGCCCUCAUGGCAUGUGUGGAGCGACCUGCGCGAACUUAUGAACUCGUUCUACAAUGAUGACCUCCUCCAGCGCGUGCUGAUCUUGUGGGUCAUGGCCACUUUGGUUAUCUACGGUAACAACGCGCCCUUGGUCGACGAAGAAAUUGGCGCAAUGCGCUCUGCGGUCGGAGCUUAUAUGGCUGCUCGGAUAACAUGCAACCUCGCCCAUCUAUACUACUCGUUCGCGAGCUACCAUCACCGGGCCCAGCAACGCCUUUGGGUGGGGCUCUCCACUCUUUUUCUAUGCCUCUACAUUCCACUAUACUUCGAGUCGGUCUCCAUUCGCGCCAAAAUUGCGACCGCAGCUGUUGCCAUCUUUGUCGAAGAGUGUACAUGGGUUUUCUGCUACUCCCCAACGGCAAAGAAGCUGCUUCACGCGACGUAUACUACUGCUGUGGACAUCAACCACGAAGUGGACCGAUACGCAGCGUUCUAUAUUAUUGCGCUAGGCGAGUUUCUGUACCUGAUUAUCGUCGGUUCACAUGCCGCAAUCGGGCUGAACGAUCGCCUUCUACGUGCAAUUUGGACUUUGAUUAUUGCAUUCUGUCUAAAUUGGCUAUAUGUGCACAACGAUGGUUCCGUUGAGAACGACCAUCCUCUGCGACACAGCAUCUACACAGCCUUUGCCUUUGCCCUGAUUCACCUUCCGCUCAUUGCUAGUCUGCUGGCCGGUGGCCACGUUGCUGCAGCUUCAGUGGCUGAGCACGAGUUCGAAGAGCCCCAGCGAUGGCUACUAUGCGCAGGUCUUGGAAUUGGAAUGAUCUGUCUGUACAUCUUUGCAUUAAUGCAUAGAUCGAAGGAUGAGCGUGGGACUCUGCUUCUGGACAAGCAUCUCCGCCUGAUUAUGCGACCCGUCACUGGUAUCAUUAUGAUUCUCUUGCCGCUCGCGGAGCAUCUCGGCGCUACCUCGAUUCUAUCUAUCAUCAUGGCUCUCUUCGUCACCUGUACACUUUGGGAAACCAUCACUUCAUUGCGCAAGGGAUCAAACUUCUGGGAACGCUGGGAAGAUACCAAGUAUCCCGAGAAGACCCUUAUCAGAGACGAGGCUGCGAAGCAUGAAGAGGCCGCUAAACCUUGAAUGUCCUGAAUACCACCAGAACGUCUCGAUCUCUGGAUCAGACUCCUCCUGACCCUGCUAAAGUGAUGAUUAAGGCUAUAUCUCUUCGCAUGAUAAGAUGUCUAGUAUAUCAUCCCCAAAUUUGGUGAAAAUAGUGAUUAUUUCAACUGCAUACUUCAAUUGGAAGACAAGAUCUGAAUUUUCAUGAGCGAUAUCUGUCUAUGUGAUCUGUCGAUAUGAACUGUGGGUAGCCUUCAUGCACAAAAUAUAAAACAUCCUUAAUCUACUUCCAUCAAACCAUUGACUUCUCAACCUUCUCAUCUCCCGUAACCUGUGUCUCGGACCGAUCCAUGGUGGUAUAACGACUAAAGUCCCUCAGCCCACGACGGUCUCCUUGUGGAAUUUCACCACCCUUCUUCUGCUGCUUGAAUGCCUGACGACGGAAAUAAGCGCGCUUACACCACUUCCAGAACUCAAUUCCAGCAAAGAAAAGCACAGUCUCAACGAACACGAUACCCCAUUCCCACGAGAUGGCCGAAUGUUUAAAAACGCUGUGAUUGAUGACGGGGAUAUAGAUGAUAGGGAAGGCGAGCACAAAGCCAGCCAUGAUACCCCAGAAAAGGAACUGGUUGUGCCAAAUAUCGUGCAUCCACUGGGUAAAGUAGCGCUUGGAUUCGGGCUUCAUGCGGAAGAAACUGCGACGGAGGUUCAUCAUCUCCCAUGCGAGGAAGAGGGCAAACCAGGUCAUGCAGGUGAAU